GAACAGAAGGCAGAAAAUAAUUUUGUAUAUCACAUCAACUGAACGCAUUAAAUCAAGCCGAAUUGCAUUCUUUCAAAGCUGAUUCUUUGUGGAACAAUGGCAUUCGAAAUAAAAUGGAAUUUCUGUAUAAUUAUACUUAGUCUUUUCUCUUACACCCAAGGAAAUCCACCUCACAUUAUAUUUUAUUUCGUCGACGAUCUUGGAUGGAACGACGUAAGUUAUCACGGAUCUUUACAAAUACCGACACCAAAUAUCGAUGUUUUGGCUGCCAAUUCGAUAACCUUAGAAAAUUAUUAUGUUCAACCCAUAUGCACUCCAUCAAGAGGUGCGUUACUUACUGGAAAACAUCCAAUACAUAUAGGUCUUCAGCAUUCGGUAAUACGUGAUGCACAGCAAGCUGCUUUACCAUUGGAAACGAAAACUAUGCCUCAAUAUUUGAAAAAGAGAUUUGGUUAUCAAUGUCAUGGUGUUGGAAAGUGGAAUUUAGGAUUUUACAAAAAAGAAUAUAUUCCAACGGAAAGAGGAUUUGAUUCGUUUUUUGGGUUUUGGACAGGAGGAAUAGAUUAUUACAAAUAUUCUUCAUUACAAACUUAUGAAAAUUCUUCUUUAAAGUAUGCCUGGGGAUAUUCCUUAAGAGAUAACGAAAGAGUAGCCAGAGAAUAUAAGGGAAUUUAUGCUACUCAUUUAUUCACAGAACGAGCAAUCGAUAUUAUUAAAAAUCACGAAAAACAAAAGCCAUUAUUUCUGUAUCUAUCACCGAAUGCUGUGCACAGUGGAAACUCAUAUGAUCUAUUUCAAGCACCUCAAAGUGAAGUCUUCAAAUUUGAAUGUAUAGAAAACCCAGAUAGAAGAACUUUUGCAGCAAUGGUUUCAGAAUUAGAUAAGUCAGUUGGACGAGUUUUUAAGGCCUUGCAAGAUAAUUCUAUGUUAGAUAAUACAAUUUUUGUGAUUUCUACGGAUAAUGGUGGAGAAGCUGCUGGUUUAAGAGGUGGAGUUGGUUCGAAUUUUCCUUUAAGAGGAAAUAAAAUAACUUUAUGGGAAGGAGGAGUGAGAGGAGUUGGACUUGUAUGGAGUAAACUGUUCAAGCAACAACCGAGAAUCGAAAGGAACUUAAUUCACAUCACUGAUUGGUUACCGACAUUUUAUCAUGCUGCAGGUGGCGAUGUUAAAGAUUUAACAGAUAUUUAUGGAAUAAAUCAAUGGGAGGUUUUAGCUCACGGCAAACCUACAUUUCGAGAAGAAAUUCUUCAUAAUAUAGAUCCAAUCGACGGUGCUUCAGCUCUUCGAUUCCGAAAUUACAAACUGGUAAAUGGAUCGAAUGUUAACGGAGAAUACAAUGCGUGGUACGGACCUUCCGGUAGAGACGAUGAUUAUUUUUCUUCCUGCUACAAAAAGUUACUUCGCUCCUCAUAUUCUUGGAAAGUUCUUAAAGAGGAAGGAUUACUCUACAAUACUCACAAGUUUUUCACCAAAUUGCCAGAUAACUGUUAUUCUGACUCGAAAAGGAAUAAUAGUAAUUGUGAUCCUAAUUCAGCCCCAUGCUUAUUUGAUAUAUUAAAAGAUCCUUGCGAACUGGAAAAUAUUGCAAACGAACAACCAAAGGUAAGAAAAAUUAUUUUAUAUACAUUUAAUUGA